AUGGGCCACGUGCCAUUAAAAGAUAUGCAAUCAGAUGACGUUAAAUUGUGUAUUGAUAAUCUUUAUAUUCAAGCCAUAAAAGCACGGUGGCUCAAAUUGGAAAAUGAAGAAAUCCCAAUCAAGAACGCACAAACUUUCAUCAUAGAUCCAAUCAUGAAAAAGUUUGUUUUCGUUGGCGUCACCAUUCGCUGCAAAGAAACCGGCAUGUACUUAUGCUUCGACAAAAAUUGGAAAAUAAAAGGAGUGAAAAACAUAGGCAACAUUGUCAAUCGCCCUCGAUGCCAUUUCAAGGAAAGCCUCGAUCCAUUGGGAUACUUUCAGUACCCAUCUGUCAAAGAUUCUUCAAAGUAUCUCGGUUUCACCGGCAACGGUAAACCGAUUAACUUCAAAUCGAAUCGCACAAUCGAUGAAAAGUGCCAAAACAUUCAACGCAUUAAUGCAGCCAAUUAUACCGCGGAAUUCUUCAGCACUCAUCAUCCCGUUCGCCACAAACACAAUCAGCAACCGCAUCGCCGGAAGCACAAUCACCUAAAUCGAUCGCAAGAGAAUCUCCCCGAUAGCUAUCCGAACAGUAGCGGCUUAUCAUCAUCACAGCAGGCGACGGCAGUUAAACCAUUCGUGCCAGCGCGUUCUCCCAAACGUCGUCUGCCACAAUCCCAAAGAACCACACCGCUGCAGAUGAGCAACGACGUUCACACACCACCAACCUCAACGAUCAAACCAACGAAAAUCAUCAGCACAAAGAAACAAGUCAAACCGUCGAAACGGUUAGGAAAAAUCAACAAGAAGCCUGCCACGUCGUUUAGCAGUAACAGUAGCAAUAGUGGUUCCGUCAACAUCAGGCAUCAACAUCAUCAUCACCACAGAAACCACAAGCCAGGUGUAGUCAAAACAACUCCAACGGCAACAGCAUUCUAGGCCUAUUUUGCAUAAGCUCAACACCAUUGUUUGGCUCAUCGUGACAAGCAUGGAGCCCGCAAAUGUUGCCAACCGCUUGUUUCGCAGCAAGCCAUGCCGUCGAGGUAUCCCAACGACACUAUCUCUCUAUCUCUAAUGAUUAUCUGACUCGCUGAUUCCGCCUCGGUCUACAUGAGAAGGUCGGUUGGAAUUGGCAUACAUUUUGUAUUAGAACGUUACAACAACCGGGAAAGCUUUAUUAGAGUUAAAUUUCAAACAUACAUAAGUGUCAAUGCAUUGCCCUAGAAGUUUAUUUUACCAAUACUGAACAGUAGCCACAAAAAGCCUUGAAUUGCCAGCUCACGUGAAUUCUGCAGAAAGCCAGGAAAAAACUAAGGGAUAGUUUAAAAAAAAACAACCGCCAAAAGUAUUAUUCACCCCACCUAAAUCAUCGACUGAUGAAGAACGAUUCGAUUUCCCCUCUCGAAUGGAAUUCAGUUCAUUCGCAUAACAGUAACUCUACAUCAGCAAGUAAGCAAGAAAAACAAUAGUUAAAACUACAAGUAAAACAACAACAAAAACACAUCGCGAGCAAUAACAAAUGCAGAUUAGGAACCAUAGAAUAUUAGCGAAAAAAAAAAGAUGCCAAAUGCCGAGAGCUUCUAGAUGCCUUAAUUGGUGUGUUUUACAUCUCUGUGUAGCUAUCUUACUACAUUCGUGGAAGUUGUCGUCCGACACCUGGAAGUUUUGCCGGAGGUAUCCAGCCAUCCAAAUUUUUGUGAAACCUCUCUUUUAUUAUUUUACUGAAAAUCGUUCAACGCGUGGAUUUCACCGUUUCUUAUUUAUGCUCUUUGAAUUGUUGUUUUGGUUCUUUUUAUUUGAGUUACAGAAAAAUUAAGCUUCGUUGUACUCCAUUAGAUAAAAAAAAUGUUUUAACAUUAAUACAUAUGGUGCUUUGAAAACCCGAAUUUGAGAUUUGCUAGCAAAAACCUUUCGAAUUGGGAUCUCGCGCUGUAUGCAGACAAAAACUAGAAUCGUCCUGCUUCAAAAAUGUGAAAGAAACUUGUUGUUUUAACGUUAAAACGUUCGCUUAGUUUUGACUCAAAAUUCGAACACUUGUAGCUCGCUUGAAAAUUUAUUUCUAAUGUGAAAAUUUCCGUUCAGCUGAGUAAUUCCUAAGUUAUCAAUUUUACAGUCAUGAUUAUGAGCGCUACUGAUUUUAGAAAGGAUGGAUUAAAUCACGUGUUUCUCCAUGAUCACCACAAAAAGAGCAAAAAGAAGUGCUCCCAGGCUCAAAGUUUUUCACAGCUUUAUUAAUUUUUCGGUAAAUUCCAUCACAUUUAAAUAUUGCGCCCUUCGAAAACCACUUCCGGGAUGCUUCAAAUGUUCAAAACACAACAAGCCCAACGUCCGAACGAGUACUGUUAACCAAACAAAUGUGAAACAAUCGCGUUAGCAUCUACUCUCAUUCAACCUUCUAGUCUUAUGAAAUUUGAAACUGAAUUGCAAUUCAAAUCUUACCUUAACUGGAUGAGUAAAACUUGUAGGAAAUCAACCGAUUCGGCAACAUUGAGAUGCUGUUCUUUGAUCAUGUGGCCUGCAUUCCUUUUUUCUAAGCUAUGAAGCAAAAACAGCUGAUCAGUUUAGUUGAUGUAUUAUAUAACUCAAGAUUUGUACGUUCUUAUGUAAAUAUUAUUGAUAACAAUCAUCGAGUUGCAUAUUGAGAGGUUCAAAGUGUGCCAUGAAUAUCAGUACUAGUGUUUAAUCUGCUAUUUAGACGAAACACGCGAUUAAUAAACAGAGAAACUUGUUUAUACCUCUAGACAGCCGAUAGAAUAUCAAAAUACUACCUUAAAUUGAGAAAAAAAAAGAUUUGGACGAUAGUGAAAAGUCACCGACCGCACAAAAGUUGCUCCUUUAUUUCUAAAGUAAUUGUUUCUGAAAGUUGCUAACAUUGUCAGUUGGUUAAUCCUAUCAGUUAUCGCAGAAAUUUGGAAGCUGAAAACUGUGAACAAUAAACAAAGGUUAUUAGGAAAACAUGCACAAAUAAUGUGACUUAACGAAAAGCUGUUAGUAUAUGUGUAUUUACGCAAGACAACAUAAAAGCAUUAAUAGAUCGCAAAGCAAAGCCUCAACUUACGCUAUUUACAUCAAAUAAUAUAACGAAUUAAACAAUAGAAUAAAAAUUGUCAGCUGGAAAUCAACAUUUAAGAAAAAAAAUUAACAUCAAUCCACUUCGCUUGGGCGAAACACAAAAAGGGCAAACCGAUAUGAAGUCACACUGGAAAUAUCCCAAUCUCAAAUAUUGUAUGAAUCUCAUGAUAAUAUUGUUGUACACACAUACACAAAAAAUGGAACGGAAAAAGUGGUAGUCAUUAGCAAA